UACAUUGAGCAGGGGCAUUGGCCAACUGACUGGAAGAAGGGAGAAUGGACCCCAGUUCACAAGAAAGACGAUCAACUGCAAAAAGAAAACUAUCGUCCUGUGACUGUGCAAAUUGUUAUUAAUAAAAUCUUUGAGCAACUCCUUUCUUCCCAAAUCACUGGUAACUAUAAUAAUCGCCUGUGUGACCAUUUGACUGCAUAUAGAAAGAGGAACAGUUGCGAGACUGCCUUGUUAUACCUGACUGAGAGCUGGAGGCACUCAUUGGACAAUGGGGAGUGUGUUGGUGUGUUGUCAACAGAUAUGAGUAAGGCGUUUGAUUGUCUGUUCCCACCACUCAUGCUGGCUAAACUAAGAGCAUACAGUUUUGAUGAUGUCAGCCUCAAACUCAUGGCAUCAUAUUUUGAAAAUCGCCAAGCAAGAGUGGAGCUAGGGAACUCAACAAGCGUAUGGAGGAAGGUGGUAAGAGGGUGCCCUGAAGGCUUUUCUCUUGGGCCUUUGAUGUGGUAUCUUUAUCAGAAUGUUCUGUCUUAUGUAAUGAAGUUGAAUAUCUCUAUGUAUGCCGAUGAUCACCAGUUUUUCGAAGCAAGUAAAGAUGUCCAGCUAAUCCAAACAAGAUUACAGGAGAUUGCAGUUGCAGCAACAAGUUGGUAUAAAGAGAACUGUUUACAGGGAAACUUUACCAAAUAUGGUAGCAUGCUCAUUAGCAAGCAAAAAGAUGCCAAUAUCAAUAUUGACAUAGACGAUGGUUCUGAAGCAGUGUUUUACCUGAGUUGUAAUUCAGAUUCAAGGCACUGGGUUAUACAGUUGCAAGAAGGAGGCUCUUGUGGGACAUAUGACUCAUGUUUACAUAGAUCCAGAGGCCCUUUAGGCUCUUCAAGAAAUUACAGUGAUCAUUUGACAGGGACUUUUGUUGCUUCUGAUGACCCACAACAAAAUCCUAUGUUUUCAUCUUGGAAUAAAGUAUUUGUGCCAUAUUGCAGUGGUGAUGUAUUUGUUGGUAGAAGAGGAAAAGAUCAGAAUGAUUAUGGCAUGUAUAUGUGUGGACAUUUCAUUGUUAAAGCCAUAUUUUUGCAGCUUAUUGAAGAUUACCGGAUUAACAAAGCAGGAACAAAGAUUUUGUUUGGUGGUGCCUCUUCUGGUGGCCUCGGAAUGUUGGCAAAUAUUGACUAUAUUGAGGGACUUGUAAAACCUGCUGAGAUUAGAGGUUAUAAUGAUGGUGGUUGGUUUACUUUGUAUCCUAACUUUGGUGAAACAGCAAAUGCAGGACCACCCUUUUUCUUCCAAGUCUUAAGCUAUAUGUUUCACAAAUUGUGGGAUGGUUUUGUCGACGAGACAUGUAGAGCAAAUAUGCCUAAGGCAGAAGCUUGUCUAUAUGGAGAAUUAGUUUUCAAGUAUUUAUCAGCCCCCGUCUACGUGUUUGUGGCACAGUGGGACUCCUACCAACUACAGGAACUUGUUCAUUCCAAGUUUCCUACUAUGAGACUUCCACCGGAGCUUCCAAGCGAGGCAGAAUACCUCGGAAAGUUCGGGAAAAAUACUCACAGAUCUCUCAGACGGGUUAUCAACAGCCAGAAAGAUGGCGUAUUUUCUCCAGCUUGUUUCAUACAUUCGUUUUCUGGCGACGAUUUAACUAGUACAAAGGAGACGCUGGCUUGUGAAAUAGAUGGCAAGACACCAUAUGAAGCCUUCUCUGAAUGGUUUAUCAGCAAUGGCACCCGUGGGACAUAUGUGGAGGAGCCGUUGAACAAACCAGAAUGCAACCCCUCUUGCUGCUCAAAGCUCUGUAUAAAAUGUCGUAAACCGAGACCUUCUGUAGUUUACGAUGAACCCACUCCUCAAACAAUUAGCGGAAAUGGUGCAUCUCGUUGGCAGAAAUCAACAGUCACAAUAUGGAUUUGUGUAUUUUUGAUUUACUCUUUCGUGUUUUGGGGGGACGUAGUACUUUUGUAGGGCCCGUGGAAAAGACAAAUAACUUUGGAUGCUACUACAGCACCAUGACAGGCGACGGUGGACCAGGCGUUCCAUUGACAAGGUGAACACCCACGGCACAGUUGUCAUAGGAACUAUUGCUGCACCUCCAGGGAUAAAAUUAACGUCCAACUUCAGUCUGUUUUCAUGGUGAAAGUGAGAGAAAUUCAGACAGUGUUUAUCCUGGAAAACACAAAUGCCUGCAUAAAAUUUACCAGUAUUUUCUGAACGUUAGAGCUCUUUAAUAAGGUGUGAUCAAUUUAGAAAAUUUUCCUGACUGAAAAAUCGUCAAGUAAUAACAGCAAACGUUCCAGAAUUCACUUCCACAAAUCGUGGUUCAAGAAUUCUGCUUAUAAAAAAAAUUCAGUUUGUAACUUGCGUGCGUGCAGACAUCUCCUAUUUCCUUUGUUGAAGUCCCUUUUCCGCGUGCAACAAAGGCAGUAGGAGACGUCUGCACGCAGGCAAAAUUGUAACGUUCUCUAUUUUGAUUAAAUACUGCUGCUAUUAUUUUCCAAGCAUUUUGGUUUAUGCAACUCAGUGUGUGAUAUGUUCUCUGUAGAUUUAAGUUAAAUGGCUAAAAAUCUGUGCUUGAAAACGUAAUGAUUCAUUUCACUAACCCUAGGACAUUGAAAUGAAGAUGGGUUAUUUCGGGCGUUCUGGCGUCCUACUUUUGACUUUUCUUUGAAUUUUUUGCUGCGAGCAAAAACAAAUUCCGACAGAAAUGACUCUAAUAUUUGAAAGGCUACGUAAUUGCUCCAGAAUAGCUCAAACGAUGUAUUAUAUUUUGUAAAUUGUAGAUUUGCGUCAUAUUGACGCUUAUUUGGACGAAGUUAAUUCAUUGGGAAAUAUGAUAUUUACGUUACACAUGUAGGAUCAAAUGUUAUGGUAAAUCGUUUAUUGCAAAUUGGAAAUAAAACUAUGAUUAAUCACUAG